AUGGCAAAGAAAGAGGUUAGUGCGAGCAAACCGGGCAACACAAAGAAAGAUAAUGUACUGCUGAAGAAAAGAAAACAGCAAGCAGUUGAAAAAGAAGAAGCAGAAAAAGAAAAAGAAGAAGGAGUUUCCGAAGACGAAUUCAAUGUUCAAGGAUUGAUUGACCCCGAAAGCGAUAGCGACGACGAGGGAGCAGCAGCAGCAGAAGAAGAAGAAGAAGAAGAACAACAACAGGAUGUGAAGGAACUUGAUUUGGACAAAGGAGAAGUCAUAAGUAGUGAUUCCGAUGCUGAAGACUUUGACUCUGAAGAAGAACUUAAUAAGCUACUUGGUGAAGAAGAUGACCCCAGCGAUUACUCCUCAGUUGGAUUUUCGGAUGAACCAAAAGAGGAUGGAGAUGAACAAGACGAACAGGAUGCUUUUGCUGCGGCUGAUGCAGCCACUGACGAUGAUGCAUUUGGCGAUGUGAAGUUGAAGAAUCUUUCAAUAACCGACCCAUCAAAGCUUGAAGUUCGUACAAAAUUUUCUGACGGAACACCAAGAAUCAUCAAACCAGAGAUUGAACCAGUUUACGAUAGUGACGACAGUGACGCAGAAAACUUCAACACUAUAGGAAACAUCCCUAUUUCUGCAUAUGAGGAAAUGCCACACAUUGGGUACGAUAUUAAUGGUAAAAGAAUAAUGAGACCUGCUAAAGGAUCUGCCUUGGAUCAGUUGUUGGAAAGUAUAGAUUUACCACAAGGUUGGACUGGUUUACUCGAUCAGAAUACCGGUGCUCCUUUGAAGAUUACAGAUGAGGAAUUAGAGUUGAUUCGUAAGAUUCAACAGCAAGAGAAUACCGAUGAAAAUAUCAACCCAUACGAGCCAUUAAAUGAUUGGUUUACGAAAAACCAGGAGGUUAUGCCAUUAACAGCUGUUCCUGAACCAAAGAGAAGGUUUGUUCCUUCAAAACAUGAGGCCAAGAGAGUGAUGAAGAUUGUCAAGGCAAUACGCGAGGGAAGAAUUUUGACGCCUGAAAAGGCUAAGGAACUCAAGGAAAAAGAGACUGAGGAGAUGAACUAUGAUCUUUGGCAAAAUGAAAGUGAGGUGCCAGAUCACAUUAUGAACUUGAGAGCUCCCAAAUUGCCACCACCUACAAACGAGGAGAGUUACAAUCCACCAGAAGAGUAUUUGCUCAACGAAGAAGAGAAACAAAAAUGGCUCGAACAGGAUCCAGUCGAUAGAGAAAGGAACUUUAUACCACAGAAAUAUAGCUCAUUACGACUAGUCCCCGGUUACCAAGACAGUGUCAGGGAAAGAUUUGAAAGAUCCUUGGACUUGUACUUGGCCCCAAGAUUGCGUAAGAAUAAAUUGAACAUCGACCCAGAGAGUUUAAUUCCCGAGUUACCAUCACCAAAGGAUUUGCGUCCGUUCCCAAUCAAGUGUUCCACCGUAUAUGAAGGACAUACUGGUAAGAUUAGAACUUUGUCAAUUGACCCUCAAGGUUUGUGGUUGGCAACUGGUUCGGAUGAUGGAAGUGUACGUAUAUGGGAAGUCUUAACAGGAAGGCAGGUGUUUAAAGCACAACUUGUCAAUAAAGAGCAUAAUGGCGAGGACCAUAUUGAGUCAUUAGAGUGGAAUCCAAAUGCCCAAACUGGUAUUUUGGCCGUUUGUGCUGGUGAAAACAUUUAUUUGCUUGUGCCACCAAUAUUUGGGUUUGAGAUUGAAAACACUGGUAAAUUGAGGAUUGAAAGUGGUUGGGGUUAUGAUACCUUUGGAAAUACUAAGCAGGACCUUAAAGUCAAGGGAGAUGAUACUAAAGGAGAUUUGGACGAUGAUGAUGAAGAAGAAGAAGAAGAAGAAGAUGAUGAUGAUGAUGACGAGGGUCAAGGCAAAGGAAAAGCUCAUAAUUCCACCGCGCCAGCAAAGAAGGAUGUUGCCAAGUGGAUCAACCCCAACUCAUCCCAACAAGCAAUGGGAAUAUCUGCAAUUAUCCAGUGUCGUAGGACAGUUAAAAAGAUAUCAUGGCAUAGGAAAGGUGAUUACUUUGUUACUGUUUCCCCUGAUAGUAAAAACACUGCAGUACUUAUCCAUCAAUUAUCCAAGCACUUGUCACAAUCUCCCUUUAGGAAAUCUAAAGGUGUCAUUAUGGAUGCCAAAUUCCAUCCAUUUAAGCCACAAUUGUUUGUUGCGUCACAGCGACAAAUCAAAAUCUAUGAUCUUGCACAGCAAACUCUUUUGAAGAAACUCUUACCUGGUGUUCGAUUAUUGUCAACGAUUGACUUACAUCCUAGAGGUGAUAACUUGUUAGCUGCUUCAUAUGACAAGCGUGUCUUGUGGCACGACUUGGACUUGGCUGCUACACCAUACAAGACAUUGAGAUAUCACGAGAAAGCAGUGCGUCAAAUCAAGUACCACAAGGGUUCCUUACCCUUGUUUGCCUCUGCCAGUGAUGAUGGUAUUAUUCAUGUGUUCCAUGGUACAGUGUAUGAUGAUUUGAUGACCAAUCCUCUUUUGGUACCGCUCAAGAAAUUGAGUGGACACAAGGUUAUCAACCAAAUUGGUGUUUUGGACAUUGUGUGGCACCCUAAGGAAGCAUGGUUGUUCAGUGCAGGUGCUGAUGGUACUGCACGUUUAUGGACUACCUAA